CAUUGCUGAGUGAAUGAGAGAGGAGCAAUGAACUGGCACCUUUGUCUUCAGUUUAUCCUUCCCCUGCUUUUUGUCCCUGAGCUCAGGGCCGAGGAUGAUAAUGAUUGAUAAACAGAGGGAAAGAAAGUGCCAUUUUUUUUGACCAAGGUAUAUAGGUCACAUGUUUAGGAACAGGUAGGAGCAGAGCAGAUGACACAUUGCCAGUACUCUGUUAUACUCAGAUAAACAUCUGAGAGCAAAUUAUCGUUCCUUGCGUCAGAGUACAUGAGCUGUAUGGGAAGCCACAUCAAAAAGCCCAAACAAGACCCGUAUAAAUUUUCCCUUGAAGAGAUUGAUAUGAAGAUUAACGGCACCUCAAAUGGAAUUACAGUUACAUGGAAGACACCAGUCACAAAGCAGGAAUCCCGAUGUUAUACGAGUGAAUUACAAUACAAAAACCAGUGUGUCAAAACCUGGAUGUCAGAAUUUAUCGAGAACAAGGAGCUGACUGAUGUGAAUUUGACUACUCUCUCUUUGAAGCACAAUUAUGAUUUUAGAAUUAGAAUGAAGUUGGGCUGUUUUUUUAAUGGGAACUGGAGCAACUGGACAGCAGUGCAGAGCUGGGGAAAUAAUACAGGUGUCUGUAAGUUUGAAUCGUCUUCCAAUCAUCUUUGGAACUUCCAACUUCCAAACUGGAUUUACGUUUUAAUAACUGUGCUGCCAAUGACCGCCUUUCUUCUUAUUUGCCUUUUGAUGCAAGAGGGCAUUAGAAAACGGAUCCUUCCUGUGGUACCAGAUCCCAAACAUUUCAAAAGUAAAUUCAUGGACAUUGACCAGUCUCAAUGGUGGGGCAACCUCGGACAGCACAAUGAGGAGUGCACAACAACUGAAAUUGAGAUUGUCAACAAAAGUGAAGAUAAUGAGGAUGACCAAACUGUAGUAAUAGAGUCAAUGAAUGCCACUCUUGAACGUGACAACAUGUACUGUAUUUACUCAUCUGAAACACCUGAUGAGAUCACACAACAGUACUCUCAGAGGGCAUGUGGGUAUGUUGUUCUCUGAAAAGUAUUUCUAAGUAACUGAAAUCAUACCUCAACUAUGUGGCCACAUGUUUAAGCCAAGCUGAUGUUGAAUACAUCCUCUGAAAAAAAAUUAUAUUUGAUAUGUGAUUUGUGUAUGUAUUUGAAUGUAUGAUUUACUUUGAAUUUAUUUGCUAAAUCUAAAACCUCUUUGAAAUAAUGCCAAUGGAGUCCACAUCUUGUGCAGGAUAUUUGAGUAAAACUGAAAAUGAUAUAAUCAUAUUUUAUGUCAUUGCACCCAUGUGUAGGUGUUUUCUAUAUGAGCCACAAAGUUUUAAUGUCAAAGCUUUUUGAAUGCAACAAAUGUUAUCAAUGCGUGGUUGUGUUUGAUUCAUUAAAAUAAUUUAUAUAGUACAAUAGGUCAAGAAAAAAACUUGUACUAUCAAUUUGAUGAGUUAACAUUGAGUUUUUAUUGGUAUUUUACUGCAACAUCAAGGGUUGAUCUUUUGGAACAUUACAGGUAUUGUUAAAUUUCCAUCCGGAAAAAUAAUUUCUUUAUUUGCAUCUACAGUAUAGAAACCUAGCUGGAGACUUUAGACAAAACAUGGCUCAUAGAUUCAAUGUGGUUUGGUGUCUUUAAUCAAAAUUGCGUUUGUCAUUGACAAUGAUGUGAAAACAUAAAAAAAAAAAACUCUGACUG